AUUAUUUGAAAAAAAAAAAAAGAUCCAAAAAUAUUAUUAUGGCUGGCUUUUCCAAAGUAGUUGCAACUAUUUUUCUUAUGAUGUUGCUGGUUUUUGCUACUGAUAUGAUGGCGGAGGCAAAGAUCUGCGAGGCGUUGAGCGGCAACUUCAAGGGGUUGUGCCUUAGUAGCCGCGAUUGUGGUAAUGUUUGCCGUAGAGAGGGAUUUACCGAUGGCUCUUGCAUUGGAUUCCGUCUUCAAUGCUUCUGCACGAAGCCCUGUGCUUAAUUAACUCUUGAGAGGUGAAAGUCUGGAUGGAUAGAUUGAAAAAAGAUAAAUUACUAUGAAUUAAUGAGUAUUUUAUAGUUUGUUGUUGUGCUUUUAUUUGUCAUGAAAUAAAGACCAUUUGGAUUAAUGGUUGCUAUGGAAAAAAAGUUGUUGUCAACUUUUGAUUGUAAGUUUUUUGUUUGGAAGGUUGUUAUCUAAAGUAUUGUAUCGUGUUGUUAGUUUAAAUAUUUAUGUUGAUUGUUAGUUGAAUUUUAUUAUUGUAUUGUGUCUGUGAAAUUAUAUUAUUAUGUCACGAUUAAAA